CCCGGAGCCUCCGACAGACCGGCCCUUCAUUCCCGCACAAAGCGCGCGGCAUCCUCCAGCUUCUCCGUCCCGCCAUGAAACAGACUCUGAGCGAACUGAUGAGGAUGAGCAGGAUAUGCCGGAUGAUAUUUGCCACUUGUUUGGGAUCCUUUAUUCUGGUCAUCUUUUAUUUCCAAAGUAUGUUUCAACCAGUCAUGCGGAGGAACCCCUUCAUGGUGGAAGGCUGCUGUAGGAAAGGAUCCCGCAAUGCCCUGCAGGAGCUCUACAACCCCACACAGACGGAGUUAUCAGGAGCUGCUGUCCUCCACCAGGCCAGGAGGGAUCAGGUAGUCGAUGCCUGUCGGGUCUACAGCGCAUCGAGUCGUAAGCGGAGAGUCCUGACACCCGGAGACCUCAAACACCUCGUGGUGGAUGAAGACCAUGAGCUUAUCUACUGCUAUGUCCCCAAGGUGGCCUGUACCAACUGGAAACGUGUCAUGAUGGUGCUUACAGGCCGGGGCAAGUACAGUGACCCAAUGGAAAUUCCUUCCAAUGAAGCCCACGUUCCCUCCAACCUUAAGACACUGAAUCAGUACAGCAUUGCCGAGAUCAAUCACCGCCUCAAGAACUACCUCAAGUUCCUUUUUGUUCGUGAGCCCUUCGAGAGGCUGGUCUCUGCAUAUCGCAACAAGUUCACCCUCAAGUACAACUCAUCCUUCCACAAGCGCUUUGGCACCCGAAUCAUCCGCCGCUACCGCAAGAACGCCACGCAGGAUGCCCUGCUCAACGGGGCUGAUGUCAAAUUCAAAGAGUUCAUUGAGUAUCUGGUGGACCCGGCCACACAGCGGGACGGACUCAACGAGCACUGGCAGACUGUGUACCAGCUCUGUCACCCGUGUCACAUCCACUAUGACAUGGUGGGCAAGUAUGAGACACUGGAGGAGGAUGCAAACUACCUGUUGCAGCUGGUGGGUGUAGGUGACUCCCUGCGCUUCCCGACCUACGCCAAGUCCACUCGUACCACGGAUGCUAUGACGGCUCAGUUCUUCAGCAAUAUCAGCACUCAGCAGCAGAUCCAGCUCUACCAGCUUUACAAGUUAGACUUCCUCAUGUUCAACUACUCCAUACCCAGCUACCUGAGGUUGGAGUAAUGGUGGACAGAGAUGGGACUCUGAGAGCGGCUGAUUCGGUCAAACAGAUAAAAGGAAAUGAGCGGAGGGCAGAAUUCUAUGGGAACAAACUUGAUUUAAAAAACUGUAAAAUUGAUGUGUAAACAGGUGCCGGAGGUGUGUGAGUUUCUGGGAAUAAUUCAGAGGAUGUUCAGUCAGCACCGACUGGACAGGGAUGCGGGCUAAAUGGACUAGACGCAUGCAAAGACUGAAAUGUGUGGGUGAAGCAGGUCUUCAUGGUUGUUAUCCUCAGAGGAUGGACUGGAUGAGGGAUUCUCCUGAUGUUGUUCCCUACACGUUUAAGCAAACUGCUGACAAAUUAGGCUGCUUCAGAUUCUGCAAAGCAAACAGCGUCCUCGCACGUGCCCUGACCCCAAAGCAUUAUGGGAGCUAAGUCUGUCUCCCCCUCCUUCUGAUCAAUAUAGAAACUCCGCCAAAUUGUAAGGCACACUUCACAUCUUCCACCGAGCUCUCGGCGUGGCGAGCCAGUACCCAUCAUGCUUGCUCUCAUUAGAUUCAUACAGCUGAGAGGGAAACUGCCUCAUCACCACCUCGAGGAUUA